AUGGCCGCGCUGCCCGGUGGGAACAUGGCGGGGGGCGGCCGGGGGGCGCGGGUGCCGCCGCUGCUGCUGCUGCUGCUGCUGCUGCUCGGUGGCUGCCUGGACCGGCGGCCCCCGGCUGCCGCCGCCGCCGCGCCGCCUGCUGCCGUCGUCCCGCCCUCGGCGGCGGAGGAGACGGUCAUCAUCGGCCUGCGGUUGGAGGACACGGACGACGUCUCCUUCAUGGAGGGGGGCGCGCUGCGGGUGAGCGAGCGGACGCGGGUGAAGCUGCGGGUCUACGGGCAGAACAUCAACAACGAGACCUGGUCGCGCAUCGCCUUCACGGAGCACGAGCGGCGGCGGGGCGGGCGGGCGGUGGCGGGGCCGGCGGGGCGCGGCGGCGGAGGGGGUGGUGGCGGGGUGGGGGGCGGUGGCGGCGGCGCCCCGCAGCGCUGCGGCAUCCGCACCUCGGACAUCAUCAUCCUGCCGCACAUCGUGCUCAACCGCCGCACCUCGGGCAUCAUCGAGAUCGAGAUCAAGCCCCUGCGCAAGACGGAGAAGAGCAAGUCCUACUACCUGUGCACCUCCGUCUCGGCCCCCGCCGCCGCCGCCCUGGGGCCCGGCUCCCCCGGAGGGCUGGCGGGUGCUGAGGGGCCGGCCGGGCCCCCCCCAUGGGGUGAGACCACCUGGAUCUACCAUGAUGGUGAGGAUACCAAGAUGAUCGUGGGUGAGGAGAAGAAGUUCCUGCUGCCCUUCUGGCUGCAAGUCAUCUUCAUCUCACUCCUCCUCUGCCUCUCGGGCAUGUUCAGCGGCCUCAACCUGGGUCUCAUGGCUCUGGACCCCAUGGAGCUGCGCAUCGUGCAGAACUGUGGCACAGACAAAGAGAAGAACUAUGCCAAGCGCAUCGAGCCUGUGCGGCGCCAGGGCAACUAUCUGCUCUGCUCCCUCCUGCUGGGCAAUGUACUGGUCAACACCACACUUACCAUCCUCCUGGAUGACAUUGCUGGCUCUGGGCUGGUGGCCGUGGUGGUCUCCACUAUCGGUAUCGUCAUCUUCGGCGAGAUCGUGCCGCAGGCCAUUUGCUCUCGGCACGGCCUGGCCGUGGGCGCCAACACCAUCUUCCUCACUAAGUUUUUCAUGAUGAUGACCUUCCCGGCCUCCUACCCUGUUAGCAAGCUGCUGGACUGUGUCCUGGGCCAGGAGAUCGGCACGGUCUAUAACCGUGAGAAGUUGUUGGAGAUGCUGCGGGUCACCGACCCUUAUAAUGAUCUAGUCAAGGAGGAGCUCAACAUUAUACAAGGAGCCCUGGAGCUGCGCACAAAGACUGUGGAGGAUGUGAUGACUCCCCUCCGAGACUGCUUCAUGAUUGCUGCCGAGGCUGUGCUCGACUUCAACACCAUGUCUGAGAUCAUGGAGAGCGGCUAUACCCGCAUCCCUGUUUUCGAGGGUGACCGCUCCAACAUCGUGGACCUGCUCUUUGUGAAGGACCUGGCUUUUGUGGACCCCGAUGACUGCACUCCACUCAAGACCAUCACCCGCUUCUACAACCAUCCGCUGCACUUUGUUUUCAAUGACACCAAGCUUGAUGCUAUGCUGGAGGAGUUCAAAAAAGGCAAGUCUCACCUGGCUAUAGUGCAAAGAGUAAACAAUGAAGGAGAAGGGGAUCCUUUUUAUGAAGUCCUGGGAAUUGUCACUUUAGAAGAUGUGAUUGAAGAGAUCAUCAAGUCUGAAAUUCUGGAUGAAACAGAUCUAUACACUGAUAACAAGACGAAAAAGAAGGUAGCUCAUCGGGACAGGAAGCAGGACUUCUCUGCCUUCAAGCAGACAGACAGCGAGAUGAAGGUUAAAAUAUCACCGCAGCUCCUCCUGGCAAUGCACCGGUUCCUGGCAACAGAAGUAGAAGCAUUUGGUCCAUCCCAGAUGUCAGAGAAGAUUCUUCUCAGGCUGCUAAAACAUCCCAACGUCAUCCAGGAGCUGAAAUAUGAUGAGAAGAACAAGAAAGCCCCAGAACACUACCUCUACCAGCGAAACAAGCCUGUUGACUACUUUAUUCUCAUUUUACAGGGGAAGGUGGAAGUGGAGGCUGGGAAAGAGGGGAUGAAGUUUGAAGCUGGUGCUUUUUCCUACUAUGGGGUGAUGGCCCUCACAGCAUCUCCAGUUCCCUUGUCCCUGUCUCGUACCUUUGUUGUCAGCAGAACAGAGUUGUUAGCAGCAGGUUCUCCAGCUGAAAAUAAAUCUCCACCUCGGCCCUGCGGCUUGAAUCACUCAGACUCUUUAAACCGAAGUGAUCGCAUCGAUGCAGUGACACCAACGUUAGGGAGCAGCAACAACCAACUGAAUGCAUCUUUCCUCCAAGUGUAUGUUCCGGACUACUCAGUGAAAGCAAUCUCAGACAUUCAGUUUGUCAAGAUCUCAAGACAGCAGUACCAAAACGCCCUGAUGGCAUCCCGGAUGGACAAAACACCUCAGUCCUCGGACAGUGAAAACACUAAAAUCGAACUGACUCUUACGGAGCUGCAUGAUGGUUUGCCAGAUGAGACAGCAAACCUGCUGAACGAGCAGAACUGUGUGACUCACAACAAGCCCAACCACAGUAUGCACAGUGAAGGAGCCAUCUAGGAGCUGACUCCCUACAACCCACCCAUCCCAUCUCCUCAGCAGGACCAGCCCUUGCUCCUUCCUGCCUCCUCCCCGAGUGUGAACACCGUUAGUAUGUGCUUGCAACACUGUGCUGCAUCCAGUGUUCUGAGACCAAAGACUUUUGUGUCCAUUCUGGGAGCAGAAGAGGGAGAAACAGAAAGAAAGGAGCAAAGAGCAAGAGAGAAUAAAGCCCCAACUGUACUUUGGGAAUGGUGAGCCACCCUUGAGAACGAUGAAAAUACUUCUUGCAAAAUAGAAUUGUGUUUAUUUUUUAUCUGUAUUUUUGAUCCUUGUUGGGUUUUUCCUCCUCAAACACAUAUGGAGAAGUUUAAAAGCUCCUCCAGUUAUUUUUUCAAGAGAGAUCUUGUUUUUAAAAAGUAUUUUACAGAGUUUUAAAUUGUUUCUGUCCCUCCUGAACCUCAAAUGGGCUCUGUUGUGGCUUUGUGAAUUGGCACCAAUGUCCUUAGGCCUCUUUUCACCCCUUUCUGGUCCUUUCUGUGGCCCUGUUGAAGUUAGCAACCGGUACUUGUAUGUCAUUUGUGUUUUAAGAAUGAGCAAGCUUUAGGGAAACUCUGGUUUCAACCACCUGGAGGGCCAAGGGAUGAGUACUAUUACAUUCUUCCAGUUACGUUUCAAGGAAGGAGUGGCUACUUUGGUAUUUAAUGGUGUCUCAAAUUUCGGAGGGUUUCCUUGUACAACAGGCAAAAGUGAUGUUACACUUACAGUUUUGUAACCUCCAUUAUGUUAUGUUUAAGGUGAUGCUGAGGGGGAAGGAGUUAAGGCAAAACUACAAUCUCAUGGAAUGAAAGCCAGGCAUCAUUUUCCAUAAUGAAGUAACUGGGCAAUUUUUUAAUUGAUGUUCCUGACAGUUGCAUGGUGAAGUAAUGUGUGCACCCCAAAAUAAGAAGGUUUUAAGCACUCAUGUGCUGGAGCGGUCUGCACCUCAGCCAGGUGUGCAGAUGUGCAGUCUUUGCUAAAGAACAUCAGUCCCCACCCCACUUCAAUCUCAAGUAUUAACACAAAAGAUGCUGCUACAGUUAUGCCCUAAGUACAUCCUCCAGGUGACAGUAAACCUCUGCCAGUGCAAGGAUGGGCUCUGCUGUAGGAGUUGGGACCAUCCUCUUCUCUCCAAGAACUGACAAAACUUUCCGGACGCGAGUGUAUUGCACUUCAGGGAUUCGGAGAGGUUCAUUUCCAGGCUGUUCCCAGCCACGUUCCUGCCUUUGAGUGGAUUUUAGUGUAUUUCCUUCUCUCUUGCCCAUUUUAACAGCCAUUUUAGGGAUCACUGUGGUAGUAGAGCAGAGAGCCUCCCAUCCAGCUGCCACUAGAGCAGGGCACCCUGUGUUGGGCCCAACCUGAGUGCAGAAUGGGUGCAAGCAGGAGGCACCAUUGUUGUGCAUCACACAUUCCCCACUCCUGCAGAUGGAGUCUUACAUCCUCAAAUGAACUAAAAAAAAAGUCAUCUCCCUCUGAUUCUCUCCCUUUCAUGCUCUCAAACAAAAUGUGAACUUUGCCCUUGGUAUCUGGAGUGACUAAAUAAAUCAGGCAUUGCAGUUUCUCUGUUUGGAGACCCUUCCAUGGCCCCUGGCUAUGUAGCGUUUCCCUUCCUUUCUUUAUAUCCAGAUAAUCUCAUCUGACCCUCAAAGAAGCCCCCAGCCCCAAAUGCAACUGCAAGAGCACUCACUCUGUGCCUGCCCUGUCUCUCCUGCUUGCAGGCUGGAGAGGUUCCCAUAGUCUGUCUUUGUGAAUGGCGGCUGGAAAGGUGCAAUAUAGUGCUGCAGGAUCUGCUUGCAGGAAAGGGGAGUGUGUGGGUCAGAGCCAGUUCGGUCUGUGCAUGUGUCUUCUCUCUUGUUUGGCUUCAGAAAGCAGUCCUAAUUUUUGCUGUCCUCCCCAGUGGGAAAGGUGCACGUCCUCAUUGGAGCCACUCAUGAGGAUGAAGUCCCCACAAGGGGGCAUAGAAAUCGCACAGGAUCUAGUGUGUGCACCCAGUGAGGAGGAAACAGGGCUCCAGACUUUACUAUUACUUUUAGCUUAUUAACAUUUUUGAGUCCCAUCUAAAAGCAUUUCCAUAGUCUCCAUCCUCGCUUUGAUACACACCAGCCCACCAUCGCUGAGAGCACACAGCUCAGCAUUGGCAAGGGCUGACCUGAGCCCUGCUUGUUCCCAGUAUUGCACCUUUCCUGCAAAGCAAGCUGGUGAGAUGUUCCAGCGUUUGUCCUUGGCGAGGGACCCACCUCACCAGGUUUUACCUAGCGUUGCUGAAUGUAAAAGUUGGUCCGAAGUGUUUGACACGGUGGUGAGCUUGAGAUGCAGUAUCCGUUUUGUCAAACCUGCCGAGGGAGGGAAGGCUCAAGUCAAGGCAGCUCUCUCUGUGGGAUGAGGUUGCUCGUUGGAUCUGACUUCUGCUCCUUACGGCAGGUUAUGGGUUUGUGUCAGUGUCUGUGUUCCUUUUUCAGAAAAACAAAAAACAAUACCAAAAAAAGCAAAAAAAGAAAGCGCCAAUUUUUUCCAACCAAAGCCAUGUGAUCCCAAAGCAAAUACCUCCUGCUUCUGCCCAUGCUGCACUGCUCAGAAUUUGCAAGCAAUUUUUUGCAUGACUGUUUUUCAUCAUUUGUACAGAUCCAGUAAUGGAAAGUGAAAUAAUUUCCUUAAAAAUAGUUGAUUAUAGAUGUGUUUCAUAUGGAAAAUAUGUACCUGACCCAGAGGGGUUAGGAGCUGCUACUAUUAAUUAGCUUGAAGAACAAAGCAUGGUCCUCUCCCCGGAGGGGAAAGAAUCCAGUCUCCCUGUUCUCAGGGUAUUUACAGUUUUACUGUUUAACAAAUGCAAGGGGUUCCCAGCCCUCGCGGUGGGAACCAUCACAAGCAGAGGAGCCCAGCUCAGGAUUACUUCUGAGCCUCCUGAUGGCGUUUGCUGGCGCCGGGAAUUGGCUUUUCCAGCUGCAGUGGAGAUGCUGUGGUGUCUGAGUCUGUGCCCUUGCAGGGGGUGUCUUGCCAGAGCAAGGUUCUGAUUUCUCUGCCUUGCUGGCUGCCCACCUGCAUGCAGGUGGGCUCAGAUGCCAUACUGCAGUGCCAUAAGGAUGUGUGGCAGGGCUGCCUGUCGUUGCCACGGCACAGGGGACAAGCUGGUGGCUUUGGGAAUUGUUGGACUUGUCCUCAGACCUCGGCCAGGCUUUGACUCAUAGAAAGGAUACUGCAUCUUCCUAUGUCAACUGCUACUGCCGCCUUUGUUCCCCUCGUCUGUCUGCCUCUGGGCGCAGGCAGAGGCAGGCAGAGGCCUGCUGGCCGGGGAGGCUGGGGGGGCAUCUAGCCAUGGUUUCUACUGUCAAUACAAUUUUGCACAAGAGUUCUUUGAAGUGAGGUUUUCAACACUAAUAUCUUAAAUGCACAACUGUGAAUUAUAACUUUUACACUCCUGUUGGUUGAAAUUCCUUUAAAUGAAAUGAACCUGAAUCUGUUGUAACUAUGAUUAUCAUUUUUUUUUAAUUCUGUCUAUUGCCAAAUCUUUGUAAAGAGUGAAGGAACGUUCUUGCUUUCCAGUGAGAAUCUUUCUCCGAAUGAGACUGACUCUGGUGAUGUGGAGAUCAUACGAAGCACACUAGCUCUGAGUGGAGAGGGCUCUGGGGGGCCUUAGCAAACCAACCUUGGCCUCUCUGUAGAGCCCAAGCUCAGACCCUCCAGAGUUUACAAAGUGCUGCUUGUUCUGUUCUGAGCUUAUCCACUCCCUGAGAUCCCUGUGCAGGUGAAGGCUGCUGCCCCGGCAGAGCUCAGGAUGGGUGAGGGACAAGGGGUGCUGGCAGGGAGUAGGGGCCCCAAGGCCAGUGUGGCAGGACGAGGUGUUUCCCCCAUCCAGUAGCACCAGCAGAGCAAGCCCCAUGGGACAGGUCUUUCCACUGCUUUCCAAUUCUGCUCCAAGCCUGUAGUCAUGUUAGUUCCCCCUCAUGCUUCUUUUGCCCCCACGCACACUCCUGCUCUGGAAUCAGCAGUUGUGGGAUGAUGCUGAGAUCUGCAGGGGGUAGUUGGAUCUGGCUGCUCAAGGCUUGUAGUUCUUUGGCCCUGCUAGAACAGGGGUCAGCCACUCAUUCACAUUGUGCUCACUGGUCUGUUCCUCCUCUCUUCUCCUGGACCUACUCCUCUUAUCCUCACUGCAGUUGGGUUUGGUUUGGUUUUUUGUUCUUUUCUUUAAGUGCCUUUUUGUGUGGUGGAGCUGGCAAGAGCAGGAGUCUCAGGAUAUGGCCCUUUGCACUCACCUCAGACCUGGAGAAAACUCAGGAGGAGCAGGGCAAGUUGCCUAUAGUUGCCCAUAGACAUCACCCAUCACUGCUUCUCAGCCUUCAGCACCCAGCUCAGAUGAGGAUGAGAUUUUGGCACUGGUGGUGUCAGGCUCUGGCUCAAAUCAGCUCAAAGAAUACCAAAGAGGUAGCUUUGUGUGAGGGGCGGCUUGGGCAGCAGGGGUGCUUCCUGUGAUCUCUGCAGAGCUCAGCCAAAGGGGUGUGGAUGGCAAAGAGCAGCGCUGUCUCCUCACGAGCAUCCCAUGUAAGUAUCCUACAUGAUGGAGAAUACAGCCACGUUCUCCAGGACCCUUUGAACAUGCAUCCUCCUUGUGCUGAAAUACACUAUCUAUAGAAAUCAUUCCCACGUGAAAGAUGUACCAUGUUUUAUAUGAUGUCUAAUACACAUGCCUGUGGUUUUAAAACUAGUAUCUGUGUACCAGUUGUCAAGUUAUCCAGUGUCUGGACUCCCAGCAGAAAACUGGGGCUGGGUGGGAUGGGAAAGGAUGCUUCAAAGAGUACCUGUUGUGCAGCUGACUCACUCAAGGCUUCAUCCCAAAGGUAUCUGACCAGCAUUUAGGGGUCAUACUGUGUUCAUACUGUGUACUGCCAUGUGCGAAGCUGGCCCAAAGCAGAAAACCAGCAUGUGCUGAAUGGCUGGAUGUGAUACAGCCCUGGGCUCAGUGCCUGCCCCGCUGCCUGGCUCUGCACUGGGGCUCGAAGUAGAUGCAAAGGAUGGUCCUUGGAUGCUGAGGGUUGGUUUGGCCCAAUAGUGAAAUUACAAGCUUAACUAACAGGACUGAAAGCUGGACAUCUUUUCAUGGCAUGGAGGAGAGAGCAGCCUUCAUCUAAUUUGACCAGCAGAGAGAAUAAGCUCUGUGUUGCAAGCUGGGCUGGGAAACCACCCUUAUCCCUGCUGUAUUGCUGUACGUGGUCCCUCAGUUGCAGGUCUCCUGUUGGUGUGUUGUGUGUUGAUCUCUGUGGUGAUACCUCACUCCCAUGUGUUGGUAUCCACGGCUUCCCCCAGAGCCUCCCGGUCAGUCCUGCUUGGUGUCUUGCUUUGUCCUGCAGUCUAGCUUCAAGCUGGGUUGUGUUCCACUGCAGUUAGUUUCAUGGUCACGACCUUGGGGCUGUCUCCAGGUGAGGGGAGGCUGUUGCUGCAGGUCCAAGUGGUACGGUUGAGCUUUUUGGUCUGGUUGUGCAUAUUUGCUGCUCAUUAGAAGCUGAGGAGGCCAGAGCAUUCCCUAGGAGGAAGCCUGGAAUACCAGGUUGUUCCAGCGCCCUUCCCUGAGCUGCAGGGAUGGGGAAGUGGGUGCUGGAAAGCUGCCUCCAGCCCAUAGCACGGUACAGGUGGUGGACGGAGGUGGUUCACAGAUCGGUAGCAUUGAAUUCAAAGUGACAUCUUGUUGUUCUCAUUACCCUGAGGUCAGGCUCCCGAGCCGCUCUGUACCUCACAAGUAUGGUACUCAAAGCUGCGAGUCUUUGUCUCCAGCUGGAAAGCAUCUUUCUGCUCUCCUGAGGUUUCUCCUUCAGGCCCUGUUUUCCUGUGAGCAGGGCUGAUCACUGGGGUCCUGCACAGGACAGUGCCCGGGCUGCUCGCACCCCUCCAGCACAGAUUCCUGGCUAAUGACGUGCUUGAUGUUUAGUUCUCCCCCCAGCAGGAGAGGUUUGGCCCUUCUGGACAGAAGCUGCUGCCUGUCAUGCAUGCAGGCUUGAGGUUUGUCAGCUGUUGUGAGCCAAACCAGUGCCUGCAGGUGGCUCUGAUGCUCCAGGCAUGGAUCUGAUGUCUCUAUAUCUUCUCCUGGAAGCAGUGCAGCAGGUCAGUAACAGGGUUUGCUGGGGAGGAAAAGAUGAUCCCAGCAUUUGGUGCUUGGCAAAUCAGCAUAGCAUCCACUUUCAGCUGUUUGGUAAACACAGAGCUUUAUAAAGGAGGUGUUCUUUAAUCCUCUGGGCAUCACUGUUGUACCAAAUCCAUCAAAAUUAAAGUUAGAAACUUGUAGGUGUAAGAUAAGUAUCCUGGAUCAUAGGCCUUUGGUUGGAAGUGCCAAUAGUGAACGCAUGCCUUCUGGAUUCACCCAAAGACCAGUGUGGAGGGCGGAGGGGUCUCUUGGUGAGCUCCUCUGUUCACAGAAGUGACAGUGGCCGGGCCCAGAUCAGCUCUAGCAUCUCCCUGCUUCAAAGUCUCAGGUCCCAGCAGGCUGAGCUGGGCUGGUUUGGCCCGGUGGGUUUUUACCCAGGGUACGUGCUCUGUCCUUGUGCAUCAUGUUGGCUUGGGUUGGGCAGCGUGGCUGCUGCUGUGGCACCGGCCAUGGCUGUUCCUCUGCUCUUCUCGCUGUGGUUCAGGUGCAAGUGUUCAGGAAGGUGAGGGAAGGCUGUGCAGCAGCCAGGAACAGGUGGUGCUGUCACCACCCUGUCUUCAGGCCUCACACUAAGGGUGGGAGAUGCUGCUCAAGGGACUCAGAGAGUGCAAUUGGUCCCAUUCAGUCUGUGCUCUCCUGAGCUCAAGGAUGGUUUAUGAGCAGUUCAGGGCCAGGCCCUGCUGAGGGAAUCAGAUCCCUUGGCACGUGCUUUGUGCAGCUGCAGAGCCAGCCUGGACACCUGGACCCUGGGGCAGGCGCCCGGAUGCCAAACACUGAAUCAGAGAACUCAGAUACUUGAGAAGUGUUCCCAAAAGCCAUGAGCAGCCGGAGCCCUUGCACCAAACCGUGCCCCUGUGGCCGGGUCCUUCCUGGUGGCUGCCGUGGUCCUCCCGCUCUCCCUCCAUCCCAGUGGCUCUUCCCUGUGUCCUGUUCACCAUCGUGUGUGGUCUUUGCGAGUUGUAUCAUAUUGUACAUGACUUGGGGUUGCCAGAGUUGUAGUGUUCUGACUACAGUAUUUCCAUGUGUGUACAUAAACCUGAAUAAGCACAACUGAACUCCUGAAUGAAGUGUAUACGUUUCAUAUACUGGUUGUCAUACGAUGAAUUUUAUAAUUAUUCCAAUUUUGUUGUAGAUUUCCAAUCUUUCCUAUUUAUUUUGUACCAGAUUUAUUUGUAUAUUUUGUGAUUUUGUUUAAAAGCAUUUUGUUUAUUUCUAUUCUUUUUAGAUAAAUGGUGAUUUUUUUUUCUGUUGAACAUUCCAGUUUAUGCAUUUUUCCCUCCUCCAUGCUCCCCUCCUCAUUUCCAAGGGAUGGAUUUUGGCACGCGGGUGGUGGGGCUGAUGCCGAUGAUCCCUGACCCAGAUCUCUGCUAUUGGCACAUCAUCUCUCUUCAAUCUCUACUUCAGCUGUCAAGAGCCAUGGAGAGGCUGGAUACUGUUCCCCUUAGAGCCAGGUCUUGCUCUCUGCAUUGGUGGGUCUGGGCCUGUAAGUCCUCAAGCUGGGGAGGGCUGUGCUGGUGGUUCUGCUGACCAGGAGCUGGGAAGCUGGUGGCAAUGCAAGCAGCUGACUUUAUGAAGCCCCCUCAAGGGUGAGGGCCUUUUUCUUCCGCUAAUAAAACCCCCUUAUUUACAA